AUGGGGAGGGCGGCGGCGGGCGCGGGGCGAGGGGUGCGGGUGCGCCCCCGCCCGCCCAGGGGGCGAGACUGAAGGAGGCGGCGCCGCUGCCCGGGCACAGGUGUGGCGGCGGCGGUGCGGGCGGGUGCGGAGCGCCCUCCUCCCGGCGGCGCCCGGCGGGGGAUGUGCCGGCCGCCGGGGGCGCGCCGCCCGUGGGAAGCGCGCUCCUAACGCCACCUGGGCGCCGCGGGGAGCGCUCGGCGCGGAGCGGAGCGGGCGGCGCGUGGUCGCCGGGCAGCGGGCAGAUCUUGAUGGUUAUGGCAAAGUCUUUCAUCGGCAUAUGGUAUAGUGGGCUACCGGUUGGAUGAUUUACAGUCAUUUGAAACAUGAUAUGUACUUCUCUUCCUUGUCCAUGCCUACAUGCUGACAUACUACCAGUUUUGUUUCCAAAAGAGAAGUUCACAGAGCUACACAGUGCCUGAUCCAACUAGCCACUUUGAUGUUCCUCACUGGACCAUAUACAGACUCUGAUCUGAGCCCUCUACCGUUCCUGCAGAGCUCAUUUCAAAGGAUCUUGGACUGCACCUGUGAGUGGCUGAGGACUGGCACAGUCCAUCUCUUACACUGUACAGACUAUGUCAGAGAGCCACAAUGAUCAUGCAAAACAACAGUUCAGCCUCGCCCCUGUUUUCAAAUGUGAGCUCCUUCUGGAAGAGAGAUUCGCAUGGACCGAGACUCCUUGAUGAAGCAGCGUCACUCAUUGGCAGCUAUGAUUUCCCUCAGACCACAGAGAGUUUUCCCUUCUCCACUGUGGACUCAACAAACAUGUCCCUAAAUGCCACAAGCAAAGACCCUCUGGGCGGACACGCUGUCUGGCAAGUAGUUUUGAUUGCUUUCCUCACUGGGAUCCUUGCACUGGUGACCAUCAUAGGAAACAUCCUAGUGAUUGUUGCAUUUAAGGUCAACAAACAACUGAAAACGGUCAACAACUACUUCUUGUUGAGUCUUGCUUGUGCAGAUUUGAUCAUUGGUGUUAUUUCCAUGAAUCUUUUCACCACAUACAUCAUCAUGGACCACUGGGCUUUAGGAAAUUUGGCCUGUGAUCUUUGGCUCUCCAUUGACUACGUCGCCAGUAAUGCCUCUGUCAUGAAUCUCCUUGUCAUAAGUUUUGACAGGUAUUUUUCCAUCACUAGGCCACUAACGUACAGAGCCAAACGAACAACCAAAAGGGCUGGGGUGAUGAUUGGUUUAGCGUGGAUCAUCUCUUUUGUUCUUUGGGCCCCUGCCAUCUUGUUCUGGCAGUAUUUCGUUGGGGAGAGGACUGUGCCUCCUGGUGAAUGUUUCAUCCAGUUUCUAAGUGAACCUGUCAUCACUUUUGGCACUGCCAUAGCUGCCUUUUACUUGCCAGUCACCAUUAUGAGUAUUUUGUAUUGGAGGAUCUACAAGGAGACCGAGAAACGCACCAAAGAGUUAGCAGGGCUACAGGCUUCGGGCAGUGAAGCAGAGGCAGCUCGCUUCGUACACCAGACAGGCAGCUCCCGGAGCUGCAGCAGCUACGAGCUGCAGCGGCAGAGUAUGAAACGCUCCACCCGAAGGAAAUACAGACGCUGUCACUUCUGGCUCACAAUGAAGAGCUGGGAACCCAACACAGACCAAGGGGACCAAGAGCACAGCAGCAGCGACAGCUGGAACAACAAUGAUGCUGCUGCCUCCCUUGAAAAUUCCGCCUCCUCUGAUGAAGAAGACAUUGCUGCAGAGACCAGAGCCAUCUAUUCAAUUGUGCUGAAGCUCCCUGGUCACAGCGCUAUCCUCAAUUCGACUAAACUACCCUCCUCGGAAGAUCUGCAUGAGUCAGGGGAUGAACUGCAGAAAUCCGACACAGAAUCAAAGGAAAAGAAACCUAAAAAAUUACAUCCUCCCAAAAGUGUUCAGGAUGAUGGAAAUUUCCAAAAGAGCUUUCCUAAGCUUCCAAUUCAGCCAGGGUCAGCAGAGACAACCACAGCUUCUGAUGGCAUCUCAUCAGUGACCAAGACAUCUGCAGCCCUGCCCUUGUCCUUCAAGGAAGCAACCCUCGCAAAAAAGUUUGCCUUGAAGACCAGAAGUCAGAUCACAAAGCGAAAACGAAUGUCACUUAUCAAAGAAAAGAAAGCGGCACAGACACUCAGUGCCAUUUUGUUUGCCUUCAUCAUUACCUGGACCCCAUAUAACAUCAUGGUUCUGGUGAACACCUUUUGCAAAUGUAUCCCCAAGACUUUCUGGAACCUGGGGUACUGGCUUUGCUACAUCAAUAGCACGGUGAACCCCAUGUGCUAUGCACUAUGUAACAAAACAUUCAGAAACACUUUCAAGAUGCUACUGCUGUGCCAGUGUGACAAACGAAAACGACGUAAACAGCAGUAUCAGCAAAGGCAGUCCGUCAUUUUUCAUAAGCGGAUCCCUAGGGAGGCUUCAUAGAGUAGUAUUUUUUAACCAAUUAAAAA